UAAAAAAUAAAAAUAAAAAAGGUUGCAUAAAUUGUUUGUGGGUGUUCUUGUUGGGAAAAUCAAACGUUAACGAAAAAAAAUCCAACAAAGUAGAAAGAGGAGAGAGGGUAAGUUCUGAUUCUCUUCUAUCUGCUUCUGCUGUUUGGUUUCACGCUUCCAAAUUGCAAAGUAGAGAGAAGAAAGGAUGAUGAAGAAUCAGAGCAAGCAAGUUACCUCGUUGACCACGACCCGUUUGUCACCACUGGCCAAGCCCUUCACUCUCAACCGCUCUCUCCUUCAACCCUCUUCAAGUUCCCUUUUUGAAUGUCACCCUUUUCACGAAUCGCCAAAAGAAGGUGACUUUGAUGGGUUUGGUGGGGAUUUUUCGUUUCCUAGUUACUCAUCCUUAGGCCAUGGCAAAGGAAGUGAUGUUGCUGACUCCACCGUGUUUCACAAAGGUAAGAAGGCUGUUGAUGGGUUGAAUCCCUGUCUAACGGAGUCUAAUGGUGUUUUCAAAAAUGCAAUUGCGGCAGAAGACUUUCUAUCAAAAUUUAAAGGCACAAAACAUGCAGCUGGUGCAACUAGCUCUUUUCCUCUUUCUGAUUGCAAGGUUUCCCCACUCAAAUUAUCAACAAAUAAUAUGGCCUCUGCUGAAAGCACUCCUCAAAACCAGUCUUCCAAGAAUUUGGGUGAAAGUGACUCUGACGUGGAUUCUCCUUGUUGGAAGGGAACCAAGGCUUUUUAUAGAACUCCAAUAGAAAAUUCAGGAUCUAUACAAAUCAAUAAUGUUGAGAAAGCAACAGAAAAACAUAACAGUUUGAACCCUUUGGCUCCUCAAUUCUUUCCUGGUAUUGGAUAUGUUAAGGAUGAUUUUGGCUCUUCUAACUCCUGUGCGCCUGUAGCUACUAAUUUGUUGUCCGGAGAGAACAUGCUCUUGCAAACUGUUAGGGCUGAAUCCCCGGUAGAACUGAAUAAGGGAGUUGAGUUUCAGCCUUCUAGUAACACCUGUGGAAGAGAAAAGGCAUUUCAUAUGCUUAAUGAUCCAAAAAAUAGCUCUGUGGUGGAUCCUGUGCUAAAUUUGCAUUGUAUGGUGACACAAUCUUCCUCUAAAGAAGAUUACUUAAUUUCAAAAGGAAAACUUGAAACUGUUGUAGAUGUUGAUAACCUCGUAAAGGGAACUGAAAAUCCCAGGGUUAGUAGUUCAAUGAUUGAUGUUUUCCCUGCAAAGGGUCAUUCUCCAAUUCCAACUCCGUCAAUAUUACCUUCUCGGGCUGGUGUUGUUACUGAUCUUCUGAAAACAUUUGAAGGUGUUUCAAAGUCUUUAAUUAAAUCUCCAAAACCUGAUGUUGGGGAAACGGUCAGUGCAAUGCAUGUUCUUUCAGAGUUGCUUGUGCAAACAUGUAUCGAUGGAGUUGACUCAAAUAACGAAUAUGGUCAUGAUGCGAUUAUGAUCCAGCAAAUAAUAAAUAAUCUGAAUGAUUUUAGCACAAAAAGAUGUGGCCAAAGGAUUUCAACCCUUGAUUCAACUCCUGCAGAUAAUCCAUUUUGUCCUGAUAGGUCAAUGGAGCAUCCCAAGGGACUUGAGAUGACAAGUAUAGGGACCCUUAGUGAUCCAAACCAGCUUUAUCCACAAGAUGAUUGUAUGGGAAAAAACAGAGUUUUUAAAAUGUUCGGUCACGGUGGACAGAUAUUUUUACCAUCUAGCAGUGAAGCCCAGUACAAAGGCAAUGAAAUUGCACAGCUUCAGGUCAUUCGGAGAAGUCUAGGGAAAACACUGGAUUUUGAUAAACAAAUGCACCCAGAGACUUUACUGUUUUUGAACUUAUGGCUUGAUACCGAAGCAGAACGCUGUUAUAGGAAAUAUAGAACUUAUCAUUGCCUUAUGGAAGCUGGUGUGGAUUUAAAUUGCACUACUGUUGCGGAAUUGUUGAGCUAGCAAUUGGUGGCUUGUAGAUUUCAAAGAGACAACUGGGUGCUGUAAUCGGAAAUUGUAAAUAUCAUACAUAUUUAUUGUCAACUAAUUCCGAAAUGAGUUUCUCGUUGUACAAACGCAACUGAUUCAUGUGAAUGCAAUGUAUUGAACUAAUUUCGAGAGAUUUUAUUAAUUUGUUUGUACUACGUAAAGAGUUCUAUCAUGUUA